ACUGUCACUUAUAUGAGAGGAUGGAUCUUCUUUGUAGGCAUAUGUUGAAGGUUUUUAUGGUGAAUAAUGUAUUUAAAAUACCCCCCCCACAAUACAUAAUGAGGCAUUUGAGAAAUGAUAUAAAAAAUGGGGCUUUUAUCGAUGAGAGUGACAAUCAAAUUCAAGAAACAACUCAGCUACCACGCUCCAUUCGAUAUAAUGGGGUCUAUCAGGCAACUCGAUACCUCAUCGAGCGUGCUUCAGAGAGUGCAGAGCUCCAUGAAUUUAUAAUGGCGAUAAUACGCAGGGUAAUUUGUCAAGUUGAUAGCCGAUUCAGGCGCAAGGGAGGUCCACAUAGUGAUGUCACAAUCAAUUGUAAUGCUGAAAAGUAUGGUAAUGUUGAAACAAAUGCUAAUAUCGAUGAGAAUGCAGUUAGGUGUAGUGACACACCAAUUGAAAGGGAUCAUUGCCAAAACAUCCUUGAGCCUCCACAAGGGACAAAGGGAAGACCUACCAAUAAACGAAAGAAAGCUCAAUCAGAAGGGUGGAAGCCGAAGGAAAAUACGAAUAAGUCGAAGGAAAAGACCAAGAAGUGCGCGUUGUGCAAGGGCAGUGGGCACGACAAAAGAAACUGUCUGUCAUUCAUUCGUGCAAAGUGUUGAAAACCAUUCAAUUAGAGGUUUGCAAGGGAUGCAGGCUGGUGUUCAGUCGAAUUUUCCCAGCUAAUAGCAUAACAACUUGGAGCAUCAUGCUCCAAAGAGCUCGAUGAAGCAGUCACUUAUGUGGUUUUGUGCUUGGGAAGCAGGAAGGAAGUGUCUAGUAAUGGCCCUGGGGAUACGUGUGCUCUUCUUCUUUUCUAAUGGUUUUGUGGCUUCCUUCUUGUUCGGCAAUUGAGAAAGUGAAGACUGAUAAGAAUGAUAAGCUUUAUCAGGAUGUGUAGAUUUCGAAAUAUUUUUGUCCAUUCCAAUGCCAUUCACAUUUUUUGUCCAUUCAAAUGCGUUUCACAUUCAAAUCCCAUUCAAUAUUUUUGUCCAUUCACAUUUUUAUCCAUUCAAAUGCCAUUCACAUUUUUAUCCAUUCAAAUGCCAUUCACAUACAAAUUCCAUUCAAUAUUUUUGUCCAUUCAAAUGCCAUUCACAAUGCCAUUCACAAUUUUCUCCUUUCAAAUGCCAUUCACAUUCAAAUUCCAUUGAAAAUGCCAUUCACAUUUCUAUCCAUUCAAAUGCCAUUCACAUUCAAAUCCCAUUCUAUAUUUUUGUCCAUUCAAAUGCCAUUCACAUUCAAAAUGCCAUUCACAUUCAAAUUCCAUUCAAAAUGCACACAUCAUUAGGGAAAUAUAUAUAUAUAUAUAUAUUUAUAUAACAUAUAUAUUUAUAAAAAUAUGUUUUUUGUGAUGA